AUGGCAGACCGGCCAGGACGGCCGGGCCGCAGGCGGCCGUUUUCCGCGUUGAUGAGGAAACUUGCGAACCUGAAGGCUGCUUCAUCUGGAGAUGGAGGCCGGUACUCCGGAUCGAAGCGAAGCAGCGCGAAAAAGCGGCAAAAUAACCCGUAUUCCCAGGCAGGCCGCAUCAGUGCUAGCCCCUCACCGCGGCCGAGCCGCCACUCAGGGUCUUCCGGUGAAAGCCAGAGGUUGGCGAGCGACGGGUCUCCUGAACGGAUCGACUCAGCGAGAAUAUCUAGCGACGAACAGCCGCCCCCCACAACCGGCGGCCGCUCAAUCGCGCCGACGGUGUCGACCGAGCACGACACAUGGCGUUCCAUGAUUGCCCCUUCGCACGGGGAGUCGUCGCUCGCCGACACGAGCCGCACCGCAACCGCGCGAAGAGGCGGCGACAGCACCUUCUCCUCGCCCGCGCCAUCCGUCCGAUCACUUACGACAACGCUCACAACACAAACAAUCGCCCCAAACAACGGCGGCAGCAACCAAACCCCGACAACGACGCAUCACCACUCCCACCCCUCCACUUCGCAGGUCAUCCACUUCAACCAGCCCUUCCCCACCACAACCCCGGCGUCCGCCAUCCCGCCCCACCUGGCAACUUCCACGACGGUGCACCCGACAACCUACGCCACCGCAACGGCCAACAACCUGCUCACAGACAACGCCUCCAUCCUGACGCUCGCGUCCUCCUCCCAGCGCCGACGACGCCGCUCGCUCGACACGGACGCGUCUGUCCGUGCUCUGGCGCCCUCGUCCCUCUGGGGCGGCAGCCGCGAGUCUCUGCCCCUCAGCGUGCUCUCCGCCACCAUGGACGGAACGGCCGGCGGGCCGCCCACGACGCCCGGCCUCCACCGCGGUCCCAGCGCGGCCGGGCUGGCGGGGAUGGGUAACGAGCGCACCAGCAUCUACUCGGCCACGGGGAUCCUUGCCGCCGCGAGCGAGCGGAACAGCAUCUAUGCAAAAGCCCUUGCCGGCGACGCGGCCAGUGUGCGGAGUGGGCUGUUGGGCCACGGUCGCGCGGAUAGCGUGAGCGGAAGCAUCAGCGGUGGGGGGUUGGGAACCGUGCCGGCGGGGACGAGCCCCUUGGCGAGUCCGCGGGAGGUGCCUGGGGAGGGGGAGAUUCUGGAGAAUGGGUUUGAGGAGGAGAAGCAGUAA